AUGACAUCACAGAUGAAUACGCAGCAGGGAAAGAAACUCAAAAGUUGGCUGAUUGCCAUUCUUUUGGCUAGCGUCAUCAUCCUGAUAGCCUUAUUCUGGCUAUCAAAGGGUAGCUGGAAAUCGCCAUUUCUGAGUUCGAUUGUCACCAAAUCCAAAAGUCCUCAGACCUGGAACUAUACGAAUAGUGAUUUUCAAAACGAAUCUGGUGUCAUCGCGGAAGGAGUAACAGUAGUAGCACUUCCUGAUUGGAUCGAGGGGUACAAGAUAUGGCACAAACGUCAACGGCGAAAGUACGACCGAGAGAAGGCAACGGAUGUCAAAUUUCUAGUUGUGGUAUGCUUGAAACGAACGCAAUGUGGAGGACUGAGCGACCGUGUCCGAUCCAUACCAUAUUGGCUGGUCCAAGCGGAAAAAACGGAACGAGUAUUGCUCAUUCACUGGAACAAGAAAUAUCAGCUAGAGGACUUUUGGGUUCCUCCCGAAGAUAAUCAGGACUACGCAUUGGAUUGGAGACUUGAGCGAUGGGUAACUCGACCUCCAUUUAGCGAUUCGUGCUUACAGAAACCGACCAAAGUCUUGCACGAACAUCAUGACGAAUCCAACCACGAAUACAUGAUGGGUGCUCUUCAAAGUUCGGAACGAGUGGUUUGCGUUACUACCCGUGCGGACUUGACACCUAAGGUCUACGACUUGUUCGGGACAACUGAGCGUACUAGCCAGAUUGUGGUUUCCAAUGUAUUUGGAUUCAUGUUCACCCCAACAGAAGCGUUGCAAGAGUACAUUGACAGAAUAAAAGAGGAACAAAUUGGUCUGAAUGCCAAUGAGGAAUACCUUGCAACUCACAUACGGGCAUUAUACCCUCUCAGGUCGGAAUCCGCUUUGAUUUGGCCUACGUGGGAAGAGCAUUCUGAACUGAUGAAGAAAUGGGCUUAUAAGGCUGUAGAAAGUGUGAUUGCUGCCUACCAAACGCACUACAAUUCUGAUGCCGGCGGCUUAUCACUGCCGCCGAUUUACGUCGCUUCGGAUAGUGCAAAUGUCGUGGAUUACAUGUUGUCCGGCGGUAAUAAUAAUAGUUGGCCGACACGUAUUCUGGGACUCAAGAAAUCCUUGCCCCGCAACCAUUUGGAUCUCGACACCUUCAACAACUCGGCCGACGAUAUGUUUCCAGCCUUUUUUGAUAUUGCAAUGUUAAGUCAUGCCAAAUGCUUGAGCUAUGGAAUUGGGAGCUAUGGAAGACUUGGUGCACGAAUGUCUGCUGGACUCGAAUGUGUCACUCGACACAGACAGUCAAUAUACUUUGAGGAGUACAACAGUGGUCCCAAAAAUGUGAGUGCGGAAGAAGGCAAACAAGGACCGACGAUGAGGAGACAUUUUAGAAGAUGA